AUGGAUGAGAAACCAAAUGCCCCGCCUCAUUUACUCUUCUUUCCCCUGCCAGCCCAAGGCCCAGUGAACUCCAUGUUCAAGCUUGCAGAGCUUCUCUGUCUUGAAGGUCUUCAGGUCACCUUUUUGGUCACCGAAUACAUUCACCACCGCCUUCUAAAUUUCUCCAAUAUACAAUCUCGUCUCCAGAGUUGCCAUGGAUUUCAACUACAGGCUAUAACUGACGGUCUCCCUGAUGGCCAUUCUCGUUCUGCAGAUAGUUUCUUGGAGGUUUUGAACUCCCUGAAACUAAAUACCAUGCCACUCUUGAAAGAACUGUUGACCUCUGGCUCCUUCAGAAGCGAUGAAGGAUCAUCGCAGCAGCCGGUGACGGGAAUGGUAGCUGAUGGAUUGAUGGGGUUUACAUUUGACGUUGCCAGUGAGAUUGGGAUUCCAAUUUUCUAUGUCCGAACAAUUGGACCUUGUUCCCUUUGGACAUUCUUUUGCCUUCCCAAGCUCAUCGACUCAGGAGAACUUCCCCCAUUGGAUGCUAUCAAUACCAGUGAUGAUGAUAUAGAUAAACUAGUCAAGGGAGUGCCGGGAACAGAAAGUUUUCUACGGCGACGUGAUCUGCCGAGAUUUAGUACUCUGGGAGAUGCAGCUUACCCAUUUCUGCAACUGCUUAAGAAAGAGGGUGAAGAAGUUCCCAAAGCCCAUGGCCUUAUACUUAACACCUUCGAAGAACUUGAUGGACCUUUACUCUCCCACCUGGGUUCUUCCUGUCGGAAUCUGUACACAAUCGGCCCAUUCCACGCGCAUCUCAAGACCAAAAGAUCAGCACUGUCGACGACAGAACCAACCGCUUCUACUAGAGGUUCAUCUUCCUCCAAUUUUCAGCGUCUGAUAACAGACAUCCAAUUCAUGACUGGUGAAGUAGGCCGUCAUAAUCCAUGA